AUGUUCACGCAGCAAUGCAACCUAUUAGCUCCCGUUAAUGAAUAUAUAGAUCCAAAUCCGGACUUGCACUCGCUCUUCCUGGAAUACAAUCGCAUGUUCUUUGAAAGUCAAUUAGCAGGUUGUGAAGUAAAAUGGAGCAAGCGAAUGACGCUCUGUGCUGGAUUAUGCAGUUUUCAGCCUCGAAGUGGCUUUUGCUCCAUUCGGUUAAGUGAACCGUUGCUGAAACUUCGUCCUCGAAGCGAUAUGGUGAAUACUUUGUUGCACGAAAUGAUCCAUGCAUACGUGUUCGUAGCGACCCCCGUGCGAGAUCAUGAAGAUCACGGACCACUGUUUCAGAUGCAUAUGAACCGGAUUAAUGAAGCAGCACAGACAAAGAUUACGGUGUUCCACACGUUCCAUGAUGAAGUGAACUCAUAUCGACAGCACGUGUGGAAAUGCAACGGUCCGUGCCAACGCACACCGCCGUACUUUGGCCUCGUCAAAAGAUCCAUGAAUCGAGUUCCUGGUCCGACUGAUCGCUGGUGGGCAGAUCAUGAACAAAAGUGUGGGGGGAGCUACUUCAAAAUUAAAGAACCAGCGGAGUUCACGGCGAAACAAGUGAAAAAGAAGGAGAGGAAACUUGCUCGCGAGGAAAAGCAGAAGAAGCAAGACAAGGCAGCAAAGAUGGCACCGAGCGUAAAAGAAUUCUUUUCGAUAACCAGAGAGAACGAUAACAAUAAGAAGCGAAAGAAGGAGCGUGGAGGCGAUAGCGGCAGCGACAGCUUGGGUUUACCGAUACUUGCGUGUCCGUCCUUUGCUCCAGUCAUUUUCUCUACAAGUGAAGAUGAGGAUGGAUAUUUCCUAGUGAGUGACAUUCAUGCGGUCGUGCAACCCUCGCCAUCAACUAUUCGAAAAGGCGAUCAGCAAGAAGCACUACUCGGGAGUCUUCAAAGUGGCGAGAAGGCUUUUGUGGCUACCACCAGGCCACGUGUUGUGGGGUCUUCUGCUGUUGUAGAUUUGACCGUGUCCGACAGCGAUGCUAGUGACGAUGAUGGAUUGGUAAAUGCACGGUUGAUGGCAAUGUCUCGGAUAUCUGCAGAAGGUUUGCAGACAACAAGACCAGGAAAGUCAGACGUUGUUGAGAUUGAAUGA